GCGCCGCGGCCGCGUGUCGGUGUCGGAGGCGGCGCGGCUCUGCGAUGCGGCGUGAGGCAGCGCCGCGCCCCCGCUGCCGGAGGAGCCGCUCUGCCGCCGGCCCCGCGCUCCCGCCGGCAAUGAUCUCCUGAGGGGCCGCGCCCGCCCCGCCGCACGGCAUCGUUCACAGCUGAGGCUCUGAAAUACUUGAGGACACUGCAUCUUCCUCAGGGAUACAGACAAGGGGGAGCUGGAUCCUCUGGGGAGCUCAGAAAGGAAUUGUGGUUGGCGGUCGCCUGAGGAACUUACCUUCACGCCAAUGUUGCUCUGAAACGAGUUGUGUUCAACGUUCAGGUUUGGUAAGGACCAUUGAAAAUUCCCCCACAAUGCUCUUGUGAAAGGUGGUGAAACGACAGCACAAGAAGCCUUCCUCAUUAGGAAGGCCUUUCGGCACCUCUGCUUGGCUCAGGAGCACAGGAAACAGGAUGCCUCAGGAACAGUACGCACACCGGAGCACCAUGCAGACCUCAGAAGGACCCCAGGUAUACAAAGUGGGGAUUUAUGGCUGGAGGAAGAGGUGCCUCUAUUUCUUUGUGCUGCUCCUAAUGAUUUUAAUCCUGGUGAACCUUGCUAUGACCAUCUGGAUUCUGAAGGUUAUGAACUUCACAAUUGAUGGAAUGGGGAACCUGAGAAUCACAGAAAAGGGUCUAAAGCUUGAAGGAGAUUCAGAAUUCUUGAAACCUCUCUACGCCAAAGAAAUCCGGUCAAGACCAGGCAACCCACUGUACUUCCAGUCUGCCAGAAAUGUGACAGUGAACAUCCUCAAUGAGAAGACUAAAGUCCUUACUCGCCUCGUAACAGGUCCCCAAGCAGUGGAAGCACACAGCCAAAAAUUUGAGGUGAAAACCCUCUCUGGAAAAUUGCUGUUUUCUGCAGAUGACAACGAAGUGGUGGUUGGAGCAGAGAGAUUGAGAGUUUUAGGAGCAGAAGGCACAGUGUUCCCUAAAUCUAUAGAAACUCCCAAUGUCAGGGCAGACCCCUUCAAGGAACUAAGACUGGAGUCACCUACACGUGCACUGGUGAUGGAGGCUCCAAAAGGCAUCGAGAUCAACGCCGAGGCCGGCAGCUUGAAAGCCACAUGCAGGACAGAGCUCAGGCUGGAAUCCAAAGAUGGAGAGAUAACGUUGAAUUCUGCAAAAAUCAAACUACCUAACUUGCCUCAAGGAUCUUCCUCUUCUGCAGGGUCCAGGCAAAAAAUCUACGAGCUCUGUGUGUGUCCCAAUGGGAGGUUGUUUCUGUCGCAGGCAGGCACUAGCUCAACCUGCCAGAUAAAUACAAGCGUCUGCCUUUGAGAGACAAUUUGCAGAGUGGGGGCAUCGCAGGCAGCACAAAAGCCAGUUCUGGUCUCACAGAUUGCAGCUGCCAACUAUUUUUACUAGAACACAGAAAGCCUAUCAAAGACUUUUUUUGUGUGUGCGCGCGGGUGUGUGUGAAUAUAUAUAUAAAAAUAUAUAUAUAAAAUAUAUAUAUAUAUAUAUCCUCUGUGUAAAAUGAUGUUUCAGUACAAGGAAUCCCAGGGUGACCCUGUUACAUUUGUGUAGCAUUUCUCUUUCCCAUAGCAAAAUUUACUGGUACAAUCUGCUGAAUUGGAUUUGAUGCUCCCUUGGAACCUUCUGUAUUAAUAUAGUCUAAUGAUCACCCCUUGGUUUUGAUCAUGUUCUCAGAGCAGUGGGAUUGUUGGCUGGGCAAGACCCUGGAACCGAUGUAGACCCACCAACAUAUAAAGGGAAGAGAAGCAUCUCUGAUAAUUUUUGCACCAUUAAAUCAGUGGCAUGAAAAAAACAAAAAGGAAAAACUAAUCAAGCAGAUGUGAUGUACUCAUCACAUAGAGUGAUCCAAGGUACCUGAGGUUAAAUUACUCUCUAAUUUUCACCUGAAGCAUGGCUCCCUGCUGGGAGAGAUGGAUUGCUCUUGGUCAGUAGAAAAGCCCAAAUCUUGCUGGAAUAAUCCUGUAUUUUUCUAAAGGGUUUUGAGACUUGCCUGUGCAUGGCCAAGGAUGCCUUUUGCUAUUCAGAUGUGAUGUAUUAGCUCUAAGCCUGACCUGAAGUCAUCUCUCUGCUAACAAAACUGGCACUGCAUCUAGUUCUUGGAAGGAAAAAACCAAAGUGAAUGUUGGAUUAACUAGAAAAAUCCUGAAUCUCCUUAAUUGACAUGUGUCCUGGAUCACUCUCCAUUAGCACCUUUAACCUUGAGAAGAUUAGGUGUGAAGGCAUGAAGAUUUAAGAUUUGGACAUUGCCUAUCAGUACCCGUAGAAACAGAGAGAAAUACUUAUUCUACCCAUAGAAACUAAGAAAUUUGUACAGAUAAGAUGUGUAAUGUAGGUGCUACGCCAAAAUUCUUGUAAUCUUUCUUUUCAGGUUAUACAGUCCAAGGUCACUUAAAUUUGAUGGGAGACUGCAAAUAUCAGAGAUGCUGACGAUGAAACAGACUUCUUUAAGGAUUUAUAAAGAUUGUAGCAAAGCAGAUUACUGGAAAGCAAGGGCUUUGGAUUCUGGUUCCUCUAGAAUUUGAGCCCCCAAAACUUUGUGGCUGCAUUUUUCCUUAUUUUAAAUUCUAGGAGUCACAGGAUAAAACAGGAAGUCUGAUCUGGUAACAUUACUUUCACUGUUCAAGUUUUGAAAACUAAUGAGAAGAGCCCAGACCUUUGAAUUCUGAUCCAUAAUUGCAUCUCCAUGCAUAUAAAAAUCUCUGCAAAAUAAAUGUAUUAAUUACUGCAAAAGUACCCAAGUUGCAGUAAAUCUCAUGAGGACAGCAAGGUUUCUAAGCCACUGAGACACUUUUGAAAGUAUUACCUCAUGUGCAGAUAUGACAGAUCAGUGCCCAUCCCUAGUGAUGUCUAAGCAAAGCUGGUAUUCUUCAAGCGAUCUUCAAGAUAAAAUGUAGCUGACAGAAAUCUUUAGAAAUAAUUUAGCCCAUUCUUUUUUUACAGUUUUCUACAUAAUUUCUUGCCAUCUGGAGAGUACCAGGGUUUGAUUUUUGUUUUAAAUGAACAGUUCUGGCUUAAUCCAAAACUGACUGGACUCAAAGGAAAGAUUUCUGUGGAGUUUAGUU